AUGUCUACGAUAAUAAAACAGACCUCUCGUCAAGUAAAGGCCGCAUACCGCAAGAGCGAUGGCCGUCUCUCAGAUCGCGAGAUCCAACGCCUCGAGCACUCCGCCGCUGCCGAUCGCCAUGCCGAGGAACUUCGCGAGAAAGAAAAGAGAAGCAAGGAGGCCAAGAAGCGGCGAGAGGACAAGGAGCGGAAGCAGAGAGACGCUCUUCGCAGGAACGGCAUUGGCGAUGCAACCCAGGCCUGCGGCUGGAAUUUCACCCAGCGCCGCCAGAAAGACUGGUUCCGCACAUAUCUUCGGAAAGACCAGCCAAAGCCGGCACCAGACCCCAAACCCAAGGAUGCCAACCCUUUCAAGUCUUCCCAGAUCUCGCAUCCUGAGGAUACCGAUGAGCGUCUUGAGAAGAUCGACGACCUUGUCCACAACAGCGGUGGCGAAGCUGAAGAAGAUAUAUGGAGUAAGGGUAGUGGAAGUGACCAUGUUCAUAAUGCGGACGCCAAGCCUGUCGAACAUAUCCGCAAUGACGCGGACUGGGUCGAGGAUGCCCAGGGGGAGGACCGGCGCUGCCAUCAUCAUCCCGCCCUGAAUCACACCCCUUGCGAGCCGAGAAGCCGCACCAACAGCGUGGAAAACAAGAACAACCUUCACGAAGUCUCCGCCGUAUUUGAACGAGAACCCAAAGAACUUGGCUCAGCACCCGAUUCCGGUUCGGACAGCGACAACGCCCCCUUGGAGACGGACAACAGCUACAACAACAAUUCUCUCGCAACAUACAACGUUGCCCUCGCGAAUAUCAGGCCGAGUGACGAACCGACAGAACAUGAGGCGAACCCCUGGAGUACCGAUGACAUCGACGAGGAAUCUCUACUAGCCGCCGUACAAGGUCAGACGCCGACUUCGAAGGCUUCUCUCACAGCUUCUGCCGCACCAUCUGGAGAAGUUGACGCGGAUCUUCCGUUAAUGGACACGGAGCUGCUGGAGGAGCUGCUUUCGAACUCGCAACUUGAUCGAGAUCUUACUACACCUACGCAUUUUCAGCCGUACUCGACACUCUCUGAUUCUUUCUUCUCCUCGGAGUUGGAUCUUUCGGCUGAGGAACUUGCGGCUAUCGAAACGCCCCUGAUCCAGACACAACCCCGGCCUUCCAGGGACCAUGCUGCCGACCAAACCAAAGUUCGUUCAGUGGUGCCGCCGGGAGCACUGGGUGAUGUCAGCCCGGAAUCUCUGGCUUCUGACCCGCCACUGACACCGCCUACAAGGCAGGCUCAGAAGAGAAAGGCUGUUGCCUUGAAUGACCACGAAUCAUCUUCCCCAAAGCAAAGGAAGGAGCCCGAUACCAGAUGCACAUCCGCUGAUUAUAGCAUGCUUCCGCCGCCGAAGCCGGCUUCUCCUGAAGCUCACCACACGUCCGAUACUAGCCUUCACGAGUCAAGAUUUGCUGCUUAUGGCCUAUCAACGCAGCUUAUCCAGGACGCAGCGUUUGAUGACUUCGACUUUUGA